GGGCGGCCGUUGAGGCGCGCGCGCGCUCGCGGCGGCGGCAUCUCCCGUCCCCUCCCGACCCUUCCCUCAGUCCGGUUCGGCGGCCGCGGCGGCAGCACCCGGGGUGCUGGUCUGGGCAGAGGUUCCUCCUCCUCCUCCGCCUCGACUCCGCUAUCCCCCGGGCACGAUGCAGUUUAUGUUGCUUUUUAGUCGCCAGGGGAAACUGAGACUCCAGAAGUGGUAUGUCCCAUUAUCUGACAAAGAAAAGAAGAAAAUCACAAGGGAACUUGUUCAAACGGUAUUAGCCCGCAAACCGAAAAUGUGCAGCUUCCUGGAAUGGAGAGACCUGAAGAUUGUCUACAAAAGAUAUGCAAGCCUCUAUUUCUGCUGUGCUAUUGAAGAUCAGGACAAUGAACUAAUAACUCUGGAAAUAAUUCAUCGCUAUGUAGAACUUCUUGACAAGUAUUUUGGCAGUGUUUGUGAACUUGAUAUCAUCUUCAAUUUUGAAAAAGCCUAUUUCAUUCUGGAUGAGUUUCUCUUAGGAGGGGAAGUUCAGGAGACUUCCAAGAAAAAUGUUCUUAAAGCCAUCGAACAAGCAGAUCUUUUACAGGAGCCACGUCAUGAAUACUUUAAUGUACCAGUGUACUAAAUGGCUUCAUUCAUCAUGCAUGCAGAAUUUCAGAGGAGAUAGACCUGUGACUUACUCAUGACAGAACAUUAUCAUCAGCUUGCUGAAUCCAGUCAUCCUGAAUCUAAUAGAAUGCCACAACCAUUCUCUGCUGUUGUACUUUCCUCUUCCCCCUCUGUUUUACAGUGUUGUCUCUUCACAUGUCUCAUUUCAACAAAACUUGUGCUUGUUGGCAUAUGGUUUAACUUUUUUAUUGUGUGUAAGCUUGAAGUCUUAUGCUUAAAGGUUCUGUAGCAUUUUCUGAGCUAAACAUCUAUACUGCAACACCUAUACUGUAACAUUACUCAACCCACAUUUACCAUUUAAAUAGGUUGUGGUGGUAUUUAAACAUAUGCUUAAAGUCUGCAGGUGAAGUUAAGACUUACAGAGAAAGUAGUGAAGGAGAAGUAUCAUGUGAAAUGUGUGUACACACAAGUAUUAAAUGAUGCUGAAUUAAAUUCUGUGUAGACCAUGCAUCUUAAUUAAAGGUGCAAAUAACACUAUCCCUUUCUGAAGACUGGCACAAUAGUGUGACUGACCUUACAAAAAGGAGGGAGGCAGAAUUGAUUAGGUCAAAGAGAAUGAUGGGUAAAUCUGAAAUUAAAGCAUUUAUAUUUAAAUGUGCAAAAUGCUCUUGUGAGUAAUUUAACAGUUACUUCCACUGAUAGAGAGAACAAUAUCAUUGCUUUACAAUUGAAUAAUGGAAUCAUAGAAUCAUUAAGGUUGGAAAAGAACUCUAAGCUUAUUGAGUCCAACCAUUAAUGGUUAGGGUUGAAAAGAUCUAAGUCCAUUAACAGUAUAUUUGCAAUAUGCCUUCUUAAAUUGGUAUUUCCAGUUCUAAAUGCAGGCUGCCUUGUGUAUUGGAGAACUGCCACAAGGGUGAAUAUAAGUGCAUUCAGUUGAAAAGUGGGCAGAGUGAGAGGGCAUGUAAUGCAUCCUGUUUGUAACCUAAAACCAGUGCUGAUUCUGAAAAUCGUUUCCAUGAAUUAUCAAGGUGGUGGUUACUAAAACGAACCACAAACAAGCUAGUUCCAUGUACUGUAUGUGGUAAUGCACUACCUUCCAAAUGUUAAACUGACAUAAAAAUGGGAGAUUUAGGGUAUUAGACAAAAGAUUUGGAUUGGAUUUGCAGCAUUCUGAAAUCUUAGAAAACAAGAUCACAGGAGUGGUUUUCCAUUUCCAAGUUUGCCUUUUUUUCUGUAAGCCAUUAACAAUGUGUUUGGAUGUCUGGUUAAUGCUGCUUUAGCCUGCAUUAUUUCAUGCCUGUUGGCUUAAAAUGCUGUGCAUUGAGCUGUAAUGAGAUGCUGUUUUUCUUGUUAUCUGUAUACAGCUGCUUGCUUCUAAAUGACUAGGUAAUGAAUUAGCUUUUCUGGCAUGUUUGAAAUAAAGUAUUGCAUGCACUUUUGUCUCACGUGAAUGACUUUUUUCCUCAUCUUUGUUCUGAUAUUUCAAAUUUGUGUUGUUUGCCUUGGGUGAUUCUGAGCUGCAGGUAGUAUGUAACACUGCAGAAUGUUUUACAUAAGAAUUGGAUAAAAUGUUUGACACUUAGUAAAGCAAAUAAUGUGAACAAAACAGAAUUCAUUUGUUUCUUAAAAGUAAUAAUGAAGUUAUUCCUCUAGCAAAAGACAUUAGCCUUUAGGUGUUCCUUGAGAUCAUAGUGAUGGGCACAUAAGAAGGCACAUCUGUCUCAAAGUUACUGCUUUAGUAAUAAAAAACAAUUAAAAUAUUUUUGAGUUCUGUGGGUGAUGUGUCUGUGGACAAGUAGCUAAUAUCCUUGAAAUAGGUUGCUUCUAAUGGUUAGCCAAUGACCUUGAUUUACUUGAAGAAAUUUAGUGUUUAAAUAUAUGCCUGUUGAAAAUCAUCUCAGACUUUGAAUUGGCAGUGAAAACAACAAUACUAAACUGCUCUAAAAAACAGUAGCAGCACUGUUCUGUAUUUCUUCAUAGCUAUAAAGAACUUUAUUUUCAGGUAAUUUUGUUAAUACCCUGCUGCAAUCCUGAGUAACUCUUAAGUGCCCACUGCUGUCUAAUCAAUUUAAAAUUGAAAAGUGAAUUUAUUUCAAAUAUUUUGAAGACCCUGAAAUGCUUGAGAAGUUGUAUUUUGUAGAAUGUUCCUGAGUGCUGGUGCCCUAGUUAGUUAACAGUAUAGGAUUUCUUGAGUAAAAUGUCUUACCUUGGUGGAUAGGGGAGGUUUGUGUCUUCUAAAAUACAAAAAGUUAUAUUAAAAAUGCUACAUAGCCAUUUCUUCAGUCAGUGCCUCCUUUUGGGGAUUUGUUAAAAUACACAUGUAAAUCUUUCAUUCUGCCAUCCUGUCUGGCUUUGUCAAGGUCACUGCAGUUCUAAGAAUAUUUAAAUAUUGCCUCAGUGAGGGAAGAAAUCCAAGCCAACACUGCAUCCUCAGUACACCAAGUAUCUUGUUUGCAGAUUUAACUUGCCUUUUUAUUGCAAUUUUUUAGUUGCUGCUGGAUUUUAGAAGCCAUCUCAAAAUGCUGAGAUGGCCUCUGACUGACUUCUGAAUGAAGUUGCCUUUAAGUAUUAAAGCUUGUUCCUUCACUGCUGAAUCACCUUAUACAUGAGCUGAAUGAUGAUAGUAAACGUGAUCAUUUUAUGCCACAUAGUCAAGGUUGAUAGAGACAAUGUUCUGAUGUUAUUUGAAAGGUUUGAGGUGCUUUUAAUUUGUAUUUUACUGACAUUAUUUUUCUAAUAAAUAUUUGCAAAGCAGUUGAAAAAUAUUUGGUUGGCUGCCUUAACUGUUAUCUGCCUUUUUUUUUUUUUCUUCUGCAUGACAUGUCUUGUUUUAGGAUGCUAAAGUAAGUUUAUCCAUACUCUUGAUAUUAAAGCUUUUUUUUUGAUACGGACACAGUAUCCCCUUUUAUUUACAAUGGCAUUGUUAAUAGUUAUGAAAAAGCUCAGCGUAAUGUUUCUAGUUUAAACCAUUUCUUUUCAGAUGCUACGGAAGUAAUGAAUACAAACCUGAUGAUAAUUCUUUGGAAUUUGGUAUUAAACAACUUUCUCUGAAUCUAAGGAAAUUUUUCUAAGAUUAGAAUUAGCCUAAAACUUUGUGCUGGUGUGGAAUAAUAAAAUUCUUGUCCUAAAAAACCUCUCUCUUUGAAAGGGAUCAAUUUGAUGCCAGGCACACCAAGGUACCUUGACCUGGUUUUAUGAAUUAAGCAUGGGAUCACUGCAUAAAAAACCAAACAAACUGAAACUCUUUUAUAAAGAUCUUAAGGGAUACUGUCUCUUAGUUGCAUCAGUAGUUUCAUUCACCCAUUUAUUUGUUAUUCCCAAACAGAUUUUUGAGACAUUUUAAACAAUUCACCACAAAAUUCACUGACUCCAUUGCAAGAUCCUUCCCCCUCCCUCCCCAGUUCCUAUCUCUGCUACUUGGUUGUGAUUUGUUCCCUGCUGGUACAUCUUAAUUGUUUUAUUUUUAUUAUGCUUAAGGGCAAUAAACCUACCAGCUAUUUCUGUGAACCAUAUCAAUCUCAUUAACAGCUCCGUGAGAAGUGCCAACUAAUACCAUGUUUGCAAACUGCAGUGCUUCCAUGUUUUCAUGUCUUUUCAGCUUUCUUUUUCAAUUCAGCAUCUUCCAUACUAACUCAUGCACAGCGCUGCUCAGUAGAAACAGUGUUCAUUUACUACUGUCUCAAAUUUUCCCUCCGUAGGAAGCAGAGACCCCACGUAGUGUACUUGAAGAAAUUGGAUUGACAUAAAUCUUCACUUCAGCUGAUGCCAUCUCAGUGUUUCAUACUGUAAAUGUUCACUGCCGUCAUUGUAAUGUUUAGCUAAUGGUGUAAGAUGCUGUUCGUCGGUAUUACUGUUUUGCUAAGCUGCUUCAUUCAGGCCUACAAGAAAAAUACUUUUUUUUUUUUUUUUUUAAAGGGAACAAGAAACCUUAGUUCAAAAUUUAUAAAUGAAAGGGAAUUAGAUUAAAAUUGACUCCAUGUUUCUCUUCACUGCAUUUAUAGGAAAAUUGCAUUUGACUUCGAUAAAUCUACUUUUUUUAAUAAGUGAACUUGACUUCAGGAAAUAAAUGUAUCAUUAUGACAUAAGCAUAGCCUACCUAAAUGAAAAGAAACUACACGGACAACUCCAAAUACAAAAUGUUAUGGUGUAGAAAUUGUGUUUAUGCAACCAAAGAAUUUAUUCAUCUACAUUUUAGUCACCACUUGUGAUUAUUCUGCUUAUUUUAGUUGUUGCAUAAAGAUUGGAAAUACCUGUUUACUACUGAAUUUGUCAUUAUACCAAAGAAUCCUGCCAAGAUCUGCAUAUCAAGCUGGUAAAAAACUGUUAAGGUGAUAACUGUUUUUUUAAGAAAACUGAUCAAUUCACUAGACAUGAAGGUGUAGUUACCUUUAGCAAAACUGUGCAAGUUACUAUAUUCCAAAGGGAAUGUAUGGAGGAAAAAAGGAAAACCAGUCAAGAAUGAAUAAGGAAAGUGGUUUUAGGUCUGAUACUAGCUUGCUUUGACCAUGAAUACAAGAAAGGAGGUCAGCUUUCUCACUGAACAGAGAGAUGCAUGAAUACUUUCAAAGAUGAGAAAGAAGUUUUAUAGAAGGGACCUUUUAUUAUUUUCUUUCAAAGUCUACCAGUUAAUUUGUAUUUAUUGGUGUUUUAUAGUUAUGCUUUAUUGGGUGUAUAGGUACCUUUAGGACACACUAAGUGUCAUUCAACUGCUUUUCAACGCGUUAAACGUGACAUCCCUUACAAUACUCCUGCUUGAUGUACAGUUGAACUAACUAAUUUGCAGUGAGAGCUCUUAAACAUUAGAUUUGUAUAGUGUGUUCACUACAAAUCAUGUAAACUGAUAUCCAGUAGUAUUUUGACACUUGGAGCAGACUCUCAGUAAUUACGAACUCAGCCUGUUUCACUUGCAGGAGUGGGAUCCAUGUGUGGUUUUGAGGAGACAGUGGGAGUCUACACCUGGGAGUAGCCAAGUUCUGUUGCCUGUCCUCAUGGAGGACCUCUCCCCCUCCCUCUCCAUCCAUACACCUUCCCCUAGGAGUUUUGGCUUGUUCACCUGAGUAGUGCCAUGUUUUCACAAAGCUUAGCUCUGGCAGUGCUGCUGGCAGCAGCGCUUCUGUGGCCAGCUGAGAGUGGGUUCAGAGCACUCAGCCACAGGAGCAGCGCAGCGUUGCCACUUCUAAGGGCCCUGAUCCAGCCCCCAGCAUCGAUACUUGAGGCAGUAGAGCGGCCAGCCAGGGCCAGGCUGUGUGCACCACUCCUGUGGCAGUACCAGGGUGGGGCCUGGGAACUCAAGCCAUUAGAACUUGUCCGUGGAUUCCCAUUCUAGGAUUUACACAGAUUCCAGAUGACCAGAGGCGGUUUUUGUCCCAGGGCAAUUCCUCAGUGCACAGUGGGCAGGGAUAGAUGAGGGUAGAGGGGUAGCAAAGGGACCCUGUGUAUGAGAUUGAAGUGGUAAAAUGGAUUUAAGUCAAACCAGAAGCAAUUUUUUAUGUAUUAAACGUGUUUUUAAAGUUUACACUGUCACUUGUAUGUGCUUGGCUGGAUUAAGCUUUUUUGUGAUUGUGACAAACUGUUUGACCUCUGUCUAUCGCAUUGGUUUAGUUGUAAUAAAUGUCCAUUUUUACACCAUU